AUGCUUGCACAAAACCAAGGAAAUGCCCAAGGUAUAGAGAAAGGAUUCAACGCAAUGUAUCGGCAUCCAUUUGGAGACCAUACCUUUUGUGAGUCUACAUGGUGCCAACAUAUUGACACCCCUGGCAGAAAAUAUACAUCAUUUCCGUAUGGAAAACCUCUGCGAGAUAUUCCACUCCAGACAGCUCUUGGAGAUAUUAUGUGCAAAUAUAAAGCCCAGAGCCAAAAGCUAUCUACAAUGGGCAGCACCCAAGGCAACGAGAGCUUUAAUAAAACCGUUGCAUCGAAAGCCCCUAAAACACACUUUUAUGGAGGAUCAGCCAGUUUGAACAGGAGGGUAGCUUCUGCUGUUGCACAAAAGAAUGAUGGACAGAGUUAUUUAUUAAAGGUGUACAAAGAGCUAGGACUUUCCCCUGGAUGCCACACUAGGAGACUUGCUUCACUUCGUGAUAUGCAGGCCAGAAAGAGAAAAGCAAUAUGUUCAUCAAGGCAGUAUAAAUUGAGGAGAAUUCAACUCAAGAACAGAAGUGCCAAGUCAAAUGCAGUCUCAGAACUCAGAGAGGGGGAGAGCUACAGCAGCUCAGUGGACCUCAAAACUCAACCAGAUAUCACAGAGAUCCCUCCUCCAAGGAGACCACCAGUAGAGGGGACUCUGUCAGCAGUCACAAAACCUGUGUAUUUUGAUUUAGAGACCACAGGAUUAGGUCGUAAUUCCCAUAUUACACAGAUAGCUGCAGUAUGUGUCGAUGAACAGUGGCAGCGUUUUGUCCGACCAAAAAUCCCCAUUUCUUCCAGUGCAUCUGAUGUGACAGGAAUAACAGUGAGAAAUGGCCUAAUGUUUCACAGAGGCAAACCUGUGCAAUCCAGCAAUAUUUCAGAUGCUUUGGAAUCCUUCAUGCAGUUCAUUUCUAAACAAGGAAAUGGUACCAUUCUUUGUGGACAUAACAUAAAGUCAUUUGAUUGCCAUGUGUUGUUCCAUGCCUUGGAGGCUAGUGGAAAGCUGGAGGAUUUCGAGACUAUUGUUCCAGGAUUUUUUGAUACAAAGCUUUUGUUUCAGUCACAGUUCCCAGGUUUGCCUUCAUAUACUCAACAGGCUUUGGUAGCGUCGUUCUUGGAAUGUGAAUACCCUGCACACGAUGCUCUCCAGGAUGUGAUCUACCUUCAAAGACUUGUGUCUUCAAUUGAAAUCUGUGAGGAAAACAAAAGGAAGGCUUCCAUCUCAGUGUCAAGCGCCAUUUUUUCACAUCAGAGUCUGAAAGUACUGGCUGCCAAUUUGCCAUCACUUCAAGGACUUGUCAGUGACAAGAUCAUAACAAUGUCAAUGGGUAAAAAAAUAGCCACCAGUGACUUGAACUAUGCAGCGUUGAAAUUAGCAUUUCACAGGGGAGGAGAAGAGGGCAUAAGACAAGUUUUUUCGGAGGAGUGUGGGGGUGGUCCUAGAGUAACUAAAUCAUCAAAGAUUAUACAUGCUGUAGCUGAACACUUUGGAAAUACAUUUGCAAGUGAAAGUUGAAAAAGUAUUUCUAAAAUAUUUGCGAGAACUUAAAUUUUGUGUAAUUACACCAGUCUG